AUGCUGGAUGUGCACGACGAAGUCCGAGUCUGGUCGAACGCGGGCCUUUCGUAUUUUGUGCUGCAGUACGCCAACCAGUACCAAAUUGGUCUGCAAGAAGACAUUCAGAUCCAGAAUGCUCUGGGCUACGUCUGGCCGCAUCGCCUCAAGAGCGUUGCGAGUAUUCAUCGUGGCACGCUCUGGACGUGCGACUACAUGUUUCCGUCGCUCCAGACCAAUUUAAACGUCCCCGGCGGUAACCAAAGCCUCGUUCAAAACGCCAGCACCUUCUUUGGUCUCGCCAACACCAACUUAAUGGAGAACAGUGCCGUCGCGUACCCGCUCCCACCGUCCUUUCAAGCCGUGCACAAUCAGAUCGGUCCCAUGGCCACUAUCGAUGUGCUCUGGGUACCGAUCCCAUCCGAACUUUACACCACAGUCCAGGUCUUUCGGUCACUUUUGUUGGCGCAUCUCGCGUCCGACAUAGCUUUGGCGCCGGCGCUCGAUGCAAUCGGCACGGUGGAGCUUCAUCCGACGCCGCUCAAGUGGCAAGAUCCGGCACUCCUCUUCUACGGCGGCAACCCCACGUGUGGCUUUGGUGUCGGCCUCACUUUCGUCCAAGAGUCGUUUGGCUUUGACGAUUCGUGUGGCACGCAAAAGGCGCUGGCGUACACUUUGUCGCCGCUCGCUAGUCUCUUUGCCUGGACGAUGCUCAGUGACGCCAACGCCACCGCUUCCAUCUGCGCGCUUCUGCCUGCCGCCGAGAUACAUGGUUGCGUCACGGCACUGCACACUCUCAAGGCCACCGCAACGCUUGUGCCAUCUCUCUCAGAGCUUCGUUUACCGACGUCGUCGCUUCCGCCACUGCAGCUCAUGCAGUUUGUCGGCCGCAAUGCGUCGCCUGUGAUUGAGACGCAGCGUCUGCUUGAUUCUUCAUUUGCUUUCUUUGGCUGGGUGAGCGUCUACGAGUGGGCGAUGAACACCCGCGAGGUCGUCUCAUUCGAAGGUGACUAUGGCCGAUUCGUACUCAUGUCAUCGAGGAUGCCACCGAUGCCACUGGCGCCAUACGUCAUCAGCUCCAGCUUUGGCAUCUACUUUUGGUACUCUUCUGUGCUCGUGAGUCUCACGCUGCUCGGUCUGGCGAUUCUCGUUAUUGGUCUCUGGCUCUACCACCGACCAAUGCACUCACCUUGGUUCAAGUUUCAGCGCAUCACGAGCGCUACGUGGCUAAACAGGACGUUGUUGACGGUUCGCGGUCUCUCGGCGAUCGUGUGCUUGGCGUCGGCGAGCGUGCAGCCAAUGGCGAAUGCAACUGCCACGUGGAUCACCUACGUCGUACACGAGAUGCUGCACCCUCUCACGGGCGCUUUGACAGCCACGUACGCGCCGUGGAGCUCUGGCGUGGCGUGGUUGGUGCUAGCGCUUCUGGACGUCGCAGCGCCCGUUGAGAUGGCCACGACGCUCCAUCGUGCGUGCUUUUCGCAAAACAUGGACCAAAUGCUUUACUGCAACAGCGGCAGCAUCCAAAUUGGACAUGUCCAGCGCACUCUAUUGCAGAUAGCUGUGCUCGUCGGGUCCCUUGUCGUCACCUACAGCGUCGCUCGUGUGUACGCUCAGUAUCGGAAUUCCGUCGUCGUCAUCGACGCGCACAUUCCAUCGUUCGUCCUUCCGUCGGCUGCGACGGCGUUUCUGGACCACAACGAGACGCUGCACGGUCGCAUCGCGUCCCUUAACAUUGUGUCGGCGGCCAUGUGCGGCAUCUUGUCCAUUCCUCGCUAUGGCCUCUUUGAUACCAAGCUCUGGCUGCCACUGCCCGCCGACAGAUUUGUCAUGGAGCGUCACCAAAUACGCUUGGUGCAUGCCGGCCCGUCGUCCGCCCUUCCCGUCUUUGCUCGGACCGACUCCGAUUAUGAGCCUAUUGUGCGAAGUCGACAACGUGUGGCCAGGCUGGUGCUACUAGGGGGUGUCCUGUAUACGAUCUUCAGCCUCGCUUCCAACGUCGCCUUCCUCACGGUCGCGCAGACGUUUUUGGCCAACGACUUUGGCUGGGCGGGCUUCAACAGCACCGGCAUGCACGCCUUCUUGGCCAAUGCCUUCAACCAGCAGCUCCUCAUCUCAACCAACACGACGCUCGACUUGACCAGCACCGCGCUUGCCGACAUCUCGCAGCUCUACAACGGCUCGGUGGCUUCUAUUGCCUGGAGUGCACAUGCCCCCCGGCGCCAGCUCAUGGACGCCAGCGUGCCUCUGACUCGUUUUGUGCAAGGCCUUCGAGACAUGAACCCGUGCAUGCUGCCGUGGAUGCUUACGCAGUACUGCUGGCUCGACUUGGAUCGGCAUUGGGCCAUGGCUAGCACCACAAGGCGCCAAGCGCGAUGUGUUGCCUCACAGAUGGACAAUGGCGCCGUGUACUUGGAGAUUCCUCUUCGUAACAUUCGCGACUGGACUGCGUGGGACCGCUGCUGGGGCUCGUCGUUUGAGAUUGGUUUUGUUGCGCACCUUCAGACCUCGCAACGUGGUCAGCAGUGGCUCACGAAUCUCAAACUCAACACCAAUUCGGUCAAUGACGAAGUGGCUCUCUGGCGUCGCUACAACCUUACUCGAUUCCAGCUGCAGUGGCAAAACUACAAGACGAUUGGCAUGAUCGACACCUUCUCAAUCACAUCUGCGCUAGGCUACACGUCGUCGCUGACGCUGAGUCGGUCGGAUGCCAGCUUUCAUCUUCUGCAGCAGACAUCCCACCGAAUGUACUGGGCGUUCGCGAGCGAUCUCUGGGCCAUUGCUACCAACACGUCAUUGAUUGGAGGCUACAGUCUUCUCGCAUCGAGUCCUCGCUUUGCGUUUACGAAUGCCUCGAGUCAAGACGUCUUGUUCCAAAACCUAACCCUUCUCCAGCCAUUGACACCUGGUUUGAUCGUGCUACAGGCGACGAUCGGGCCGUUUGGUGCGGUUGAUAUGCACUAUAUCUCGUGUCCACUCGCGGGGCUUCAGCUCUACAACAACUUUCAUCAAGCGCUCAACACCCUCCUCGUCACUGACGCGCUCGCGCAGACAAGUUACUUUGCUCUCCCUGCCAAGCCCCGCGUCUGUUCGCUGCCACCGUUCUUAAACAACGAUCUCUCGCUCAUGGCGAACGGCGGCAACCUCAUGUGCGGCAACGACGUUCCGCAAGAGCCAGCAUUCUACGGCCGCCUGAGCAACUUUGGCGCGUCCAGUGCGUGUCACGCUCUCUUCUUGGACACGAUGGUACCCUCCCGCGCCGAGCUCAUUUUUGCGUUUCUCAGUCUACGCGCGAGCACUGGCAUCGUACCAGAUGCCAGUGCGCUCUGCGCCAUUGAUCCGUGCUCGGGUCUCUCCCCCUUGUGUCCCAUCGGCUUUACUCGGACCAUGCGCUUUCUCGCCGACUAUGCAGCGACGUUCGAUGCAUUACAAGCCGUCGCCACCGAAGCACAUGACGUCCUUUAUGCUCUCAACAUUCAAACGAUUCAGUACUACACGGCAACGUUUGACGACGCAGACACGCUGCUGUACCAGAUCAACUUGCUCGAGCCGAAUGAGCCUCUCUGGGCGUUCUACGGCUGGUGCCACGUCUUCGAGUGGCUGGACGGUCGGCGUGAAGUCGUCUUGUUUCAAGGCGACGCGGGUGCGAUUGCAUCCAUUUCAUCGGGUGCGAUGCUCAUCCGGGGGAGCCCCGACCCGAACGAGAUUCCAGUCAGCUUUGCCACUUUUCUCCUCGGCUGCACCAUUUACAUGACGGGGCUGCUCAUCUCGAUCGCGGGACUCGUGACGCUCUACAGCGUUGGUCAACGAGGACACCUGGAGGGCAACAACUUGUACGAAAUCAACCGCAUCGUGGGGCACGUCUGGGCCGGUCGCUCGUUCCUCCUCCUGCGAAGCAUCACGGCAAUUUGGAUGCUCAACACAUCGCCGCUGCGGCUACAACAAGUGGGCCAAGUCACGCUCAUGCGCUCGCCACCACUUCCUUGGUACCAGACGAUCCUUGCGGCCGGGGAAAGCACGUGGCUCGUCUACGCACUGAACGACCUUGGCAGCUGCGUCACGCUCGAGUACACGACGACCUAUGCCUACAAGAGCUCGCUUUUGACGUACGCGGUGGUGUCGAUUUGGACACUCGUGGCACCCGUCUCGUACACGGCCGCCUUGGACCGAAGCUGCACCUACGUUGACAUGGAUGCGGGGCUGGUGUGUACCAGCGCCGCCAUUCACAUUGGGUCCCCGCGCGGCGUUCUCAGUGUCGUGUUCAUUGCGUGUGCUUGCGUCGCGCUGUGCUAUCGACUCGAGCGCACGCUGCAGCCGCACCUUGCACGGCGAAACGUGCACUCGCUCGUCCUGAACUCGCAGAGCUUGUACAUGCUUGACUGGUCGCACUGGACGUACCACGGCGACGUCUAUUUGGACAAGACGUCUGCCGUUCUCGCCGGGCUACUGAGUGUCGAGUAUGAUGACACCUUGUACAUCCUCGACAUCAAGACGUGGCGCGUCAUUGCGGUACCCACAAAUUUGACCAAACCGAUCACUCUACAGCGCUUUGCACGGGCCAUUCCCAUUAGCCACCUCUAG